AUGGCCGUCAGGGUGUCCUCGUACCGCAGGCUCUUUGAGGAGCAGCAGCAGCAGCAGUGGAAUGGAGCUAGAGCUGGAGCCGGGGCUGGACAAGUGGUGUCCUCCGCCAGGGGCGGAGCCAACGGCUGCCCGUGGCCUGAGCCGGACUUUGCGGCGGCACGUGCGCUGAACAAAGAGAGCGUGAUCCGCUUCGCCAAGGAGCGCUCCCUCAUGGCGGCCCUCAACGACCGUCUGGCCGUCCUCGUCGACGUGGCGCGGUGUCUGGAGGAGGAGAAUGAGUCGCUGGAGGUGCAGAUCCUGGAGAUGAAGGAGCGAAUGGGAAUGGAGGGAGAGGACUCCACCGCCGUCACCACCCGCGGCCCUGCCGACUACAGCCUGGACGCCGUGGUGGAGAGACUGCGCCGCGAGAAGGAGGAGAUUCUGCGUGACACAGAGGACCUGAGGAAGGAGCUGGCGUGUCUGCAGGCUGAGUAUGAGAAGGCGGCGGAGCAGCGCACCCUCAUCCAGCUGGAGAAGGAGGAUGUUGCCGUGGAUGUUGAUGACAUCACAGCCGACUGCCUGGCACUGAGGGAGCAAGUUGCCAUCUACGAGGAGCAGCUGGCCAAUAUGGAGCGGCAGCACGAGGAGAGCUGA